GUUAUAUCAACCGCCACCCUGCACCAACUUCAUUCCCACGCCGAUAACUCCAUCAUGAAGAUCUCUCUGCUUGUCUCCUUCGUCGCCUGCUGUGGCCUCGUCUUCGCUGAGAAUGACGAGGACCUGAAGCGGCCCAGCACGAGCGCCCUGGGUCUCAGCAACGGGCUCACGUGGGGCGACUGGGGACCCAAAGAGUUCUGUCCAGACGGCAGCUUCGUCCACGCUUUUGAUACGAAGUACGAGACCUUUUCGUCGUCGGACGAGACUGGCCUGAACGCCGUCAAGCUCUUCUGCAGCACCCCCGCCCACCACGACACCGGCUACGUCACCUCCGUCAUCGGCGAAUAUGGGGAUUGGCAGGGCAUGAGGAUCUGCGAGACCGGCUUCGCGACUGGCAUGCGAGGUCAGGUCGUCCCCGAGCAAGGCCUCUUCACUGAUGACCUCGCUGUGGUGAACCUUGAAUUCACCUGCAACUAUGGCAACGAGACACUGGUCGGGGUUGAAAACGCGUCUGAUCUCGGUGUCUGGAGUGCACAAGCUUCUUGCAGCUCUGGCUCUGCAAUCUGCGGCCUUGAGGUUCGUUACGAGCAGCCCAACGUAGGUGAUGAUUCCGGAGUCACCGAUUUAGUCUUCUUCUGCUGCGCCGUCUAAGGAUUUCUCUCUCCCUUUCCCUUUUCCCUUCUUCCUCCUUACUGUUUUUUCCCCAGUCUUUAUUAUCCUGUACUUAACUGUAGAACUAUAUUUCAUUCUUUUAUGAUUUCUCUAUUUAUCUUUUUUUUUCUAGAUUCUCUCUCUGUCUCUCCAGUUCCUUCAUUUCAUGCUUUCUCUUAUUUCCUAAUAUUCCUUUUCCUUCUCUGUCUCUCUCGUUUCCUUUCCUUUACCUCCGGCUUCCGUGUGGAUAAAAAAUCCUCGUCCGCAUACGACCCGCAACGUGGAUUCCGUUUUCUAUGCUGUUUGACGCCAUCCAUUGGGAUAACUAUUGUAAUGUGAUGAAUAAACAGAUGGUUGUGC